AUGGCGGACGACGAUAGCAACAACGCCGGUGAGGCAUCCACCUCCUCAUCCCCAUCCAGCUCGUCUUCUCCAACAACACCACAGCAACUCGACGAUCGGUCACAAAUUUUGGCGCAGGCGACACGCUUUCUGACUUCCGCCAACAUUUCCGAAUCCGCUUCCGACGACGACAAGCGCGAGUUUCUGCGGUCGAAAGGCUUGACGGAGGACGAGAUCACUCGCGUGUUUCAAGAUGCAAAGUCGCCCGUCGAGGGUCUGUCCGCACAUCGCUCCCAGCCCGCAUCUGGAGACCUCGACCCCUUCGAGCUGGCCGCGCGGCAGUUCGACGACCCCAUCAACGCGGAUGCUUUGGCGCCACCGCCAAAAUCGUAUCCGAACUCACCGCUGGCAUUGUACUACGAUCCGCCCGCCUCUCAUCCCGCCACUACCACACAGUCCACUCACUCAGCGCACCAGGGUACUCCCGCCUCGCCACUGACUCGCUACCAGGUGUUGCUGCAGUUCUUCCGCACGCUCAGCUACAUGAUGAUGCUCAGCGGCGGUCUGACCGCCAUUCUCGUCACAGCGUAUCGAGCUUACGUUCUGCCCAAGUUCACCGCAAUGUUCGAUGCACGCAGCAUCGUGCUCAAGCACCAUAUUGUGCUGUUCGACCGGCUCAGAAGCAAUGUCGCCAGCCUGGCUACGUAUGUACCCGUCCAGCACGCUCGGCUGGUUGGCCUCGACGACAGCGCGGCGGCGGCGACAUCAGCAGGUGGUGUAGCGUCGCCCCCGCUCAAAGGCGUGCUCAAGAAGGUGCAUUUCCACGACGAAGUCGAUGCUGCAAAGGACAGCGACAAGGAGGGCGUCAAGUCGACGCAACACGGAAGCGGCAUGGCGGGAAGCGAGAAGGUGGUCAUGCCCGGAACGGAUGUGGUGGUGGAUGCAAAGACGCCCCUGCUUUCCGAGGCUGAGGGGUCCGAGACGGAUGCAUCUACCGUUUCUGAGGGCGCCGAGGCUGAGCAGGUCGUGCCCAAGCUCGAGCCGAUCGAUCUGAUGACGCCGAUCCGCGAAAGCAUGGCGCGUCUCGCAUCGGCACUCAAAACCGACCUCUCCGGCCGUCCCACCACGCCAGCCACUCCUUCCACUACAUCACCGCGAGGCGCGAGGGUCGCUAGCGUCGUCGACGCCGGCUCUGGGUCCGACGAGUGGGAGGACGACUCGGCCUCCGACGCCAACACAUCGGACCAGGACGACGACGACGACGGCCUCGAGUUCGACCCCUACGGUGCCUACCAGAAGAAGCACAAGCACACCCAGUCGUCCUCUUCGCCCCACACCACUACCAACGCCGCCUCUGGCUCCGGCUCGGCGAGCCUGGCCGACCUCAGAUCGACGCUCGUCAGUCUGAAUGCCGACAUCUCGGCGCAUGCGUUUGCAGCGAGUGCCUCGGCCGCAGCGGGCGCUCCGGGAGGAGCGGCGUUCCGGUUCGGCCCGGCAGCAGCGGGCGCCGGGUCUGGCGCAGAGAGUCCUAAGUCCGGAGACCUGGGCCAGGUCAAAGCCGAGAUUCGCAGCUUGAAGGGGCUGCUGUUGAGUAGGAGGAACUUCCCUUCGUAUGGCGCGAGGCCGCCGCCGCUCCCUGCGGCUGUGGCGGCGGGUGUCGAGGCGAGGGCUGGUUCGGCUGUUGUUUAA